UGACAUCUUAGACUUUAAUUUCCUUAUUAUGGAUUUGAGAUUCUCUGCAACUCUUAACCCAAAACUGAGGAAAAAACAAUUGUUUUCUUUUGCUUUUAAAAACACUUCAUUUCGUAUUUUGGCCACUGCCUGCUUGCCUCCUCUCAAAACUCAAAAGCCAGCCCUCUCUUUUCUUUUCUGUUCCUCUUUAUUAGGGUUUCUGCUUGUUAAAAAGAGAAGCCUUGGGAAAAGUGGCACUGUUAUUUUCAACAAAUGGCUUUCUCUUCUCUCCUUAGAUCUACGUCCACCGUUUCUCUUUCACGCGCCGCCGACUUCUCUUAUUCCUCCUCCGAUUGUCUCAAGUUGCCAAGAGUAUUCAACCCAUCAAAGCCACUGCUACAGAGUUGCCACCCAUAGUUCAAAAAACACGGAGCAGUGGGAGCACAAAGAGUGGAAUCAAUGGUUUUUGGACUCAUUCACGAUCUUGUGGCUGAGGACGUAAUUAUAAUUUAUUCAAGUCUUUAAUCCUUCAGCUUUCGUAGAACUAUUUAUUUCUGAAUUGUUUGUCACAUACUUUGGAGCACUGCAUGAGUGUUUGCAUUGUGAUCACAAAGUAUAAAGAUUUCAUAGUUUCAAUUGUAGCGCAUA